ACACCCUGCUCAUCUUCUGUCUGGUUAACUCUCUGCUAGAGGACUGCGAACGAUACGAACUCUCUCUGGGCUGUGGAUUGUAUUCCUCUGAACUUGGUUGCACGGUGCAUGCUGUAGAAUGUCUUUCUUGCUCAGGCGUGCGACGCGCCUUCCGAUCGGAUCGUCCUCUCGUCUACUUACGCGCCACGCCUCGACCUCCCGUCCCUCCGGCCGGAGUGGACACGUCUUCCGACCGUUCGCUGCUGUCGGGCUCCUCUCCGCAGCCGGUCUGGCCGUUCUCGGCGCUACCGCCCCCUCGCGGGAGCCCGAGUCCGCCCCGCCCUCGGGGCCUAGUACGGACCCCAAUCCCCUCACGUCGACCUCCAUCGCCAGAGUACCUUUCGGCCAGUUGGUACGCAGCUACUUCGUAUACACCACACUCACUUUCCCGUUCGUGGUCGACUAUGCACCUGGAUUUCUCGAGUUCCUUAUCAAGAUACCCGUCGUGCGCAGUAUAACGCUGUUCGGCGUCCGGCGCACCUUCUUCGCUCAGUUUGUAGGCGGUGAGACAGCCGAGGAGCUCCUACCCCUCAUGAGCGACCUGCGCCUCCAGAACAAGGCCAGCAUCCUCACGUACAACGUCGAGGUUGACGAAGCGCCUGGGGCGGAAGCCCAAUGGAAACGGAAUAUCGAAGAGACCAAGAGGAGCAUCGAGGUGAUGGGGCAGUAUGCAGCGGGUGAAGGCGGGAUUGUCGCUAUCAAAUUGACCGCGCUCGUACCCCAUGCGAGCGCGUUGGAGAACAUCUCUCAGUACCUGCUUGCGAACCGCAAGUCCUCCACCGUACAGUAUCCCGGCACUCCCGAGCAGCUCGAUGUCGCCGUGCUCCAGGGUACGGCGAAGGGUCUCCCUCCUCCGCCAGCAGCGGACAUCGCCGAGAUCCGGGAGAUGUACGCUGGUGCGCGAGAGAUCGCACGUACGGCAAAGGAGUACGACAUCAAGCUGCUUGUCGAUGCCGAGCACACGUGGUUCCAGCCCGUGGUGGACGCGAUCACGCUCGCCCUGAGCCAGGAAUUCAACACUCGUCCAACACACGGAUCGUUCUUCGGCCCAUCCCCGCCCAGGGCAGUGGUAUAUGGCACAUAUCAGAGCUACCUGCGUCGGAAUCCGGAGCACGUGUGCGCACAGCUGGACCUGGCCAAAGCAGGCGGCUACGCACUCGGUGUCAAGCUCGUCCGCGGAGCGUAUCAUGGGCAAGAACUCGCGCAUGCUAAGGAACGGGGAAUGCCUGCACCCGUGUGGGCCGAGAAGCCCCAGACGGACGAAUGCUACAACAGUGUAGCACGCGUUGUGCUUAGGGACAUCGCUGCGAACAAGGGGAGGAGCGGUACCGCGGUCGUGUUUGGCACCCAUAACCGGGAGAGCGUGGAGACUGUCCUAGAUGGACUGACAAAGGAGGGACUAGUGAUCGAGGAGCAAGGGGGCAGGUUGCGCAUGAAGCCAGAGGCCGAGGGACGCGUCGCCGUCGCCCAGUUGUACGGCAUGCACGAUAAUUUGACCGACUAUGUCGCCGAGCGACUCGUUGCCAGCAAGCCCGUGGCGACGAAGUGUAUUCCCUAUGGGAUCAUUGACGAGGUCAUGCCCUACCUUGGUCGGAGGGCGAUAGAGAACAAGUCCGUCCUCGGUGGCACUGGGGGCGCUUCAGAGGAACGUAGACGGAUGGGAGCUGAGCUCUGGCGCAGGAUCAAGCGGAAUGUGGCUCUUUGAUCUUCAGAGUUAUGCGGUUUCUGUAAGAGGG